AUGCAACUCAACCCUCCUCAUAAGACAAUCGAAGGAGAAUUAUUUGAUGCCUUUGUCAAGGCUGGUGCAGUUUCUAAAGAUAAUGCUGAUGAUCCCAAGAAGUCGUCUUUAAUCCGUGCUGCCCGUACUGAUAAGGGUGUUCAUGCUGGCGGUAACGUUGUUUCCCUGAAAUUGAUUGUCGAAGACUCGGAUAUUGUUGAGAAGAUUAACAGUCAUUUGCCAGAUCAAAUAAGAAUGUGGGGAUACAGUCGUACUAACAAGGCUUUUGAAUGUCGUAAAAUGUGCACUUCCCGUGUUUAUGAGUACAUGAUUCCUAGUUAUGUUUUCCUACCCCCUAAGCCUACCAGUCAUUUGGCUGAAAUGCUAAGAUCCGCCAAGCAAGAGGUGCGAAGUAUCGCUGAAGAAGAGAGCCCGUCAUUGAAAGAAGAGGGUGAGAAAUUCUGGGAAUCGGUAUCCAACCAAUUGACCGAGGCAGGAAUCUCCACAGAGAGUAUUAACAAGUCUUACGAAUUAGAACAGGAGCAGCUGUUGUCUGGAGGACUUGACAGUGCAGGAAAGCAAAAGGAAGUAAAGGAAGAAGACGCGACCACUAACGGUAGUGAAACUUAUAACAAUGUUCUGAAGCGAAUUAAAGAGGUUGAAAAUAGAAGUAGAAGGGCCUACCGUAUCAGCAGUGAACGUCUUGAGCUUGCCAGAAAAGUAUUCAAAGUCUAUGAGGGUCAUCACAAUUUUCAUAACUUCACUAUUGGAAAGGCAUUCAAGGAUCCCAGUUCGCAGAGAUAUAUGAAGACAUUGGACAUCUCUGAUCCAAAAAUCAUCAAUGGAACCGAAUGGCUGUCUAUUAAGAUACACGGUCAAUCGUUUAUGCUUCAUCAAAUUCGUAAAAUGGUAGCCAUGGCGGUUUUGAUUGUUCGUACUGGAUGCCCUAUCAGUCGUAUCAGUGAAGCAUUUGAACAAAACAAAAUUAAUAUUCCCAAGGCUCCUAGUCUUGGACUGCUCCUCGAGCAUCCUGUUUAUGACAGUUACAAUCAACGUCUGGGAAACUUUGGCUAUGAACCUAUUUCCUUUGAUAAGUAUGCUGAGGAAAUUGAUGCAUUCAAAAUGAAAUACAUUUACGAUAAAAUCUAUUCAGAAGAAGCUAAAGAGAAUGUCUUCACUGGAUUCUUUAACUUUAUCGACUGUUUCCGCGGCGAGCCCAUUUUCGAGUACUUAACUGUCAAGGGAAUUACUGCCAAGGCUUCUGAAGCAAAGGAUAUCAAGAUUGGCAAUGAUGACGAGGAUGAACUUGAAGGCGAUAUUGAAGGGUAA